GCGGCGGCGGCGGCGGGCACCGGGCGGGGCCGGCGGCGGCGACCAUGAUCGCUUUGUUCAACAAGCUGCUGGACUGGUUCAAGGCCCUGUUCUGGAAGGAGGAGAUGGAGCUCACGCUGGUCGGGCUGCAGUACUCGGGCAAGACCACCUUCGUCAACGUGAUCGCGUCAGGACAGUUCAAUGAGGACAUGAUCCCCACCGUGGGUUUCAACAUGCGCAAAAUCACCAAAGGGAACGUGACCAUCAAGCUCUGGGACAUCGGGGGACAGCCCCGAUUCCGCAGCAUGUGGGAGCGCUACUGCCGAGGAGUGAGCGCCAUCGUGUACAUGGUGGACGCCGCUGACCAGGAGAAGAUUGAGGCCUCCAAGAACGAGUUGCACAACCUACUGGACAAACCCCAGCUGCAGGGCAUCCCGGUCUUAGUCCUGGGUAACAAGCGAGACCUCCCGGGAGCACUGGACGAGAAGGAGCUGAUUGAGAAAAUGCUCUCCUCUGGUCCCCCCCAGGAAUCUUUCUGCCAUCCAGGACCGAGAGAUCUGCUGCUACUCCAUCUCCUGCAAAGAAAAGGACAACAUUGACAUCACCCUACAGUGGCUUAUUCAACACUCAAAGUCACGGAGAAGCUGAGACUGCGGGCCUUCCCCCUCGGACCAGGGACCUGCUGUCAUCCAAACCCGAAGCCGAGCUCCCCGCCCACUCCACCGUCCCCCCUAAGCCCGCCCCUCCUCACUUAGUGUGGGGAGGGGUCCUCUGGGGAUCCCAGAGUCCUGUUCUGCUGAGGUUUCAACUCCUGAUUUUAUUGUAAAAUAAACUGCUCCCCUUUCUGAUCCCCUAACCUCUUGCCCUCCGCCCUUUACCCACCCUGUUUCCAUCCUCCUAACGACCCAGCCCCACAGCCCCUGCCCUCCUCCCCGCAGUGCCCCCCCCACGCUGCCCUUUUCAACACUCUUCUGUUUUUGUCCUGUGUGUACAGUAUAUAUAUGUAUAUAUCUUUUAAUUUUUUAAUUUAAGCAAAGACUAAAAUCAAGCAUUUGAUGCUGCAGGGGCCCGUCAGGAUCUGGGAGGGGGACGGUCUGGAAAGAAGGAAAGAGCUGCAGGGCUGGCCUGGGGGCAGGUGGGGAUUAGGGAAGUGAAGGCUGACACCUGGGGCAGGUACCAGCUGGGCACCCGUGGACGUCCCCAGGUCCUGUUUGUUUCCCUUGCCAGUCUGGCCUGUCCCUGCAGUGCUUGAAUAUCACAGGCUGACAGGGAGCCUCCAGAGGCGCCCCUCUCCGCCCCCAGUCUCAGUGGGGGCCAGCGGGCACCACCCAGUGCCACAGACCACCGGGCCGCAGGGGCGGGAGGCCAGCCUCCUCGCUGCCCCCACGGCCCCUCCUGCCGGCUCCCGGCUCCUGCCCGGUUCCCAGGGCCCCCAACUCCAUGGGCCACCUCAUUUUCUGUUCUCGUUUUGCAGAGUUGCACAAGGAGAGAACUCAGCAUGGGGGGUUGGUUCUUUGGGUUUUGUUUUGUUUAUUUGUUUAAUUUAAUGAUUUGUAAAGUGAUGUUCCUCUUCCUUUUUUUACACUUUUAGCUCAUAUUUAACCUCUGUUUGGAAAAUGAUUCUUGUAACUGUACAUUUUUUUGCCUCCUAACAACAAGAAUAAAUGACCAGUUUUGUGUUG